AUGAGCAAUGAUUAUAACUAUAUGUUCAAAUUUAUAGUAGUUGGUGAUACAAGUAAUAAAAUCAAUUAAACUAUUUAAGAUGUAGGAAAAUCAUGUUUAUUAUUGUAAUUUACAGAAAACAAAUUUUGUGAUCAUACAGAAAGCACAGUUGGGGUUGAAUUUGGUUAUAAAACAAUAAAAUUAAAUGAUUAAAUGAUAAAGCUUCAGAUUUGGGAUACAGUAAAAAUAUUGACUAAAAUUUGAAAGGCAGGCUAAGAUUCAUUCAAAUCCAUUACAAGAUCUUAUUAUAGAGGAGCCAUUGGAGGAUUACUUGUAUUUGACUUUAGUAGAAGAUCAACAUUUGAAGACAUUAAAAAGUGGUUAAAAGAAAUUAAGACCUUUUCUUGUGAUAAGAUUGAAUUAGUACUAGUUGGCAAUAAAUCGGAUUUAUCAAAGAAAGAUGUUACAAUUUAAGAAGUUGAAGAAUAUGCAUAAUAAGAAAAGCUAGAUUUUUAUGAAACUUCAGCUAAAACAGGGAAAAAUGUCGAUGUUGUCUUUGAAAGUAUAGCUAAUAAAAUUUUAAGAAAAAUCGAAACCAAAUAAAUUAAUUUAGAUGAUUAAGUAAAUUAUUUAAUAAAAAUAGAUGUUAGGAAUUAAAGUAAAUUUUAAUGGAAAAAUGAAAAAAAAGAGUAAAUCUUAAAAUAAUUUAUCUCCAUAUUACAAUAUAACAUUGAAUGGAAAAUAAAAUGAUAAAGAAAAGGAUGACAAAAAAAGUUGUUGUUGA